CUUUUGCAAGUCCAUCUCGAGCCCAUAAACGAAUUAUUACGAUCCAGAAGCACCCACGUGACGUGGCUAGCAGCAACUCCAUCUCCUUUUCCGGUCUUCCCGACCGAGCGAUCCAGCCAGCGAGAGGUUGCGAGAAGUAGCCGCCGGAGGAGCACGCCAAGGCCGCCGCCUACGAGGACGGCCAUGGGGUUCUGGGUGACCACGCUCAUCUUUCUCCUCGCCGGCGUCGCCGCAUCCCUCUUCACGCUCCUCUGCUGCAACCGCGGGCCCUCCACAAACCUAUUCCAUUUGACCUUGGUGACUACAGCUGUAAUUUGUUGUUGGAUGAUGUAUGCUAUCGUUUACCUUGCUCAGAUGAAGCCAUUGAUCAACCCCAUCCUGAGCGGGGAGUGAUCUCUCCUCUGCAUUAAAAAGAAUGAAAGCUAGGUCUGCUGUACCAUUAUUCAGUCUGUGAACUUCCUAUUCAUUUGGCCCCACCUGAUGAAAUAAAUAAACUGCCAUGAGUUUUUUUUUUUUUGCUACUCCUUCACUGCAGACAUUGAGAAGGCUCGCUGUGAUUAGUGUAUGCAAUUGUAUGAUAUACGCAAUAAUAAUAAUAGUAUCUAAAUAUAUGUGUGCCGCUCAUUGGAAUGUCUGGGUGCGUGUACCCAACUUUGUUCGUCACGA